AUGAAGCCCUCAUCUUUUGCUGGAGGAGCUGACCCGAUUAUGGCAGAAAAUUGGAUCCAGGACAUUGAGGAGACGUUGGCAGUGCUUCCAUGUACAGAUGAACAGAAGGCGGUAUUUGCGACGUUUAAAUUGAAAAGAGAAGCAAAACCUGAUUUUAGGCACUUAGUACAGGGGCAAAUGACAGUAUCGCAAUACACAGCUCAGUUUAUUGAGCUGUCUCGGUUCGCCCCACAUUUGGCACCAGAUGAAGAGAAGAAGGCUAGGAAGUUCAAAGAAGGUUUGAGACAUAACUUGUUUGAGAAGGUUAUUGGUUUUUGGGCUCAGACAUUUGCAGAAGUUGUACAUAGGGCUGCGGUUAUUGAGAGUGGCCUACAGAGAGGUAUCACAACUCAGAGUCAGAGAAAAAGGCCAACGCCUUGGGGUUUUCAAGCAAGUUCUAGUCGGGGCCCAUGGAGAGGAGACUGUUAUAGGGGAGAUCAGAGACAGACGACAGGACCUCGUGAGAAUUAG